AUGGACAAGGCUUCGAGGCUGGGCGAGGGCCAGCUGCUCCAGCAUUUGCUGCAAGAAGCCGCCUCCAUCCCCAAGGGACUGGACCAGGACUCGGCUCAAGGUAAGUCGGAUCUCUUCAGCUGAUAACCAUCUCUCCACAGAUAUCGAGGAAUUUUCCACCGAGCAUCAGCUCCAGAGCAUGAUCGAGAACUACCAGAAUCACGUCUUGAAACAUCAGAUUCAGAAUAAUGGCAGAAGUGCGGGUCCUUCCAACUACCACAACUCGAGAGCUGGCAGUAGUGAGGGGCCGACGCGGCACAGGUAAGGCUCAGUUUUAAAAUUUUGUUUAAAUAUCCCAGCAAAAAUUUAAAAUUUUUUAUUUUUUAAUUCAAAAUUUUAAAAUUAAAAAUAAAAUUGCAGAAUUUUAAAAUCGAGCCACACCCCAGCCCCAGCUAUCAGCCAUUCCCAGCCCUGCCUAUUCGUUACCGACCAUCAGACAGAGUAAGUGGCCUCAGAACCUUAUUCAGUUUUAUGUUUAGUGAUUCAGUCGGGAGCCAGUACGCUUCUUCGGAUACGCGUGAAGCCGGCGACUACAAGCACGAAAUAGAUGCCCUGAGGGCAGAGAACUCCUUCCUCCGACAACAGAUUGACAGUUUGAAGAAGAAGAACUCAGGGUUCAAGAAGCUGGAAAUGGCGUACGAAAAGAUCGAGAAUGAGUUCAAUCAGAUGGUACUGAGGAGAGACAAACAGGAGAAGCUGGAGCAGACUGUCAGAGGAAAGAUGGAGCAGACUAUCCAGAGGGUGGCCAAUGAGAACGAACUUCUACAACGACAGGUAGAGAAACUGAAUCUGAUCGUAGCACAGCAUCAUCAGACUGAUCCUCAGAAUUCUAUGAACGACCUUAUUUCACAGUGUAAGUGAUGUCAAAAGAUACGUGUUUAAAGCAUGAAUAGAAGAACAACAUCUUACGUUCACAAAACUGUUACUACUAGUAAAAACUAAAUAACAAGUUAAAAACCAGGCGAAUCUUAUAUUUAACAUUACCUUUUCAGACAAAGAAUUACUCGCCAUAAAAAACCGACAACAAGUCGAGAUGGACGCUCAGAAUGCUACACUAAUUGAACAACGGAAUCACAUCGAGAUGUUAGAGAAAGCCCUGAAGAACGCCCAAGAACGUUUAAAAGACAAAGAACGAUCUUCAGUUGACGCUGUAGCUCUGGUCGACAAAUGCACCCAUCAACAAAAACUCCUACAAGAUGCGUUGGACGAGAACCAACGGCUUCAAGAUGACCACAACAAGCAGCAGAUUCAGCUGGAGAUGGAGGUCACUCAACUCAAGAUGCAGGUGGCCAAAGAGAACGGUCAACAACGGCGAAGCGGCGACAACGAAAUCGUGACCAUCCUCAAACAGAAGGACGACAAGAUUUCUCAACUUGAACAGAACGUGAUGGAGCUCCAGAAGCGAUACAACGACGUGCUGCAGAAGAAUGGAGGGAAGAACGACUCCACCGACCUCAUGGAGAGGAUCAGGAGGCUGGAGAAGGAGCAGACCGAGAAGGAUAAGAGGAUUCAGGAGCUGCUCGACGAAAAACAAAGGAUUCACGGCCAAUGGGCGGACGAGCGACAAUCACUCGACCACAGGGUCAGGAACCUCGAACACGAUCUCAAGCAAAUCAAGGGCGUUCAGUUCGGAAGCGGCUACAACGGAUUCUGUUCCGACAAUGAGAAUUCUUACAACAGCUUCCGACAACACAACGGCUACACCAAUCCGGAAUCGUUGUUGUUGAAGCAGAAGCUGGAAGCGAAACGAGAAGACAACAGAAUCAACGAACGGAGGAAUCAGCAGCUUCUGGAGCAGAAAAGCGGAAGGGCUAGCAAAAUGAGGUAACAAUUCAAAUAUCAAUUUACAAUCUUAUAGUAAUAGUUGAUAAUUUUCCCUACCUCUAAAAUUACAGUAACUUAGAAUCCAUAAAAUAACAUUUCUUAAUUACAGUAACGCCACAAACCACUCACGAAGCGCUUCAUCUGAACAUCAUCGUCACUCCUCUGCGUCAUCUCUCGGCCAUCCGAUGAUCAACACCAUAUCCUUGAUCAACCCCAUGGGACAUCACGGAUCAGGUGCUUCAUCGUCAGCCGAUUCUACGACAAACUCUUCCGAAUCUAUAAAUCCUAACCUACCGUCCCCUUCACAGCACAGUCCUACUGGAACAUCGAAUCGUUUGGCAUCGAAAAUGCCGAGUAAUUACAUCGAAACAUUACCAAUCAAUGCCAGAAGAAGGAUCGGACACUACCAAGACCAGAUAAAGGUAUCCAAGAGAACGGCCGUUGCCUUAGGGGCUACUGGCUACCGACGAUCGGCGUGGAACGGAAGCACCGAAGACAAACGAAGCAUCGACGAAGGAGACGAGAAAGAAACGUGCAACCUGAAGACCGUGGUCGAGGUCAAGGGUCAGGAGAACGGUAAACGGCAGAAAGAGACGCUCAAUUAUAAAUAA